AUGAUCACGCCGCUACAUCAGGCUGUACUUCAGCUGUCUGGUGAUCCGAAAAAGGACACUUCGAUCGUUGAUAUGUUACUUGCGACAGGAAAGUGUAGGCUCAUGGAAGGCGAAGAUAUAAGCUCUACUAUUUUCGUCAACGUACUGCGUAGAUUUGAACGUUGGGAAAAUGGAUUGGCCAAGGAACUAGCAUUCCGAAUGCUAGACUCAAUAUCGGACGUCAACGAGGACCGCUCCGAAGACGGUUGUACGCUCAUGCAUGCUGCAUACAAUGAGCCUGAGCUGAUAGACAAGCUCCUGCAGAAAGGUGCUGAUAUCAACGCCAAGAACAAACACGGCGUGACACCUUUUCUCAUGGCUUGUAGAUCGGAGCCAGGGGUACUUGAAUUUCUGGUCUCGCGAGGUGCUGAUGCAUUUGCUAUCACCAUCAAUGGCCGUUCAGCACUGCAUUUCGCCGUUGAUGGCCGUUCAGCACCGCAUUUCGCUGCUGCCAAAAGUCGUACAGCAGUACUCGAGUACCUCCUCAAUCUGGACGUUGCGGGAAAAGGCAAAUUGGAUAUCGAAGCCAAAGACAACGAGGGACAUACGCCUCUGAUGAUAGCAACGGGAAGAUUCCACGAAGAAGCAGCACUGUGCCUGCUCGACCACGGCGCAGCACCCACCGGCCACUGUUCACACAAUGGAAAGGACACAACACUGCAUGAUGCAGCCUACUACAGCAUGCACCGCGUCACAGACCGAAUCCUUGCAGACCCAGACUCAAUCAACGAAAUCAACACCCUCAAUAUCGAAGGCCAGAGUCCCCUAGCAGUCGCAUGCAAUGCACCCUCCCCUACCAUCGUCCCCACCCUCCUCUCCCACGGCGCCCACAUCAACGACGCCAACCCCCUAGCCGGCGCGACCCCCCUCCACAUUGCCCUCCAACGCCCACACAACAUGGGCCGCCGCGACUCCCACUAUGGCGACCCAGCCUUAAUCCUGCUCAACCACCCCUCCAUCGACAUCACCCCCCGCGACUCCCACCUCCGCACCCCACUCCACCUCGCCUCCCUCCACCACAACCUCCCCGCCACCUCCCUCCUCCUCUCCAAAUCCGCCUCCCCAAACUGCACCGACAAAUACGGCAAAACACCCUUAUCCUACGCCUCAAACCCCCACAUCGCUCUCUUACUCCUCGACCACGGCGCCAACGUAAAUCACGCGGAACCAAACGGCUGGACGCCUGUGCACAGGGCGAUUGAGAGGUGCUGGGUCAAUGCGUUUGAGGUACUCGUACGGCAUGGCGCGGAUUUGGAGGCCAAGACUAACGAUGAUGGGUUGAGUGCGAGGGAGAGGAUGAGGAGUAUGGGCGGGUUUGAGAGGUGGGUUAGGAAGGAGGGCGAGUUUUUGUUUGAGGAUGUGGAGAUGGAGAAGAGAAGGGUUAGGGAGUUGAAUGGGUUGAGGGAGGAGGGGGAAUAA